AUGAACAGUGUGAAGCUUCCAAUUACCGAUUCUAACGCAUCAGAUUUUAUUCACCUGAUUGCUCCUAGUUUCGAGAAGAAAGAAAUUUCUUUAGCAGUUUCUAAAAGCGAACUAAAAAAUUCUAGCAGCUCCAUUACUUGUUUCAUUGGAGAAGAAGAUGACGAAACACCAAUAUUUGCAUCCAAAUUUUGCUGUCUACGUGAAUUUUCGGACGACGAUGCCCCCCCUAAUUUGAUUGAUCGUCCAGAUGGCUUAUCAGAAAUGCAGCCAAUUGAAUUGGUACGUUCAAUAACCACUAUUUAUCAUGAAUCUGAAAAGCAAUUGCGAGAGGAAAUAAUGAAAUUACGUGCGGAAUGCAAAGAAAAAUCAGAGAAGGUAUCAUUAACUAUCACUUAUCAAUAUCUAAAGGCAUAUCAGCUGCAAUUGCUUUUGGAUGAAGCCCAUUUGGAAAAAAUUAAACUGUUAAAUGAAAAUAUUGCGAAGGAUAUUGUCAUUAAGCAGAAAUUAGAACAGAUUGAUCAAAUGACAGCUUCUUCACUGGAAUUGAAUGAUUUAUUGAAGGCUCAAACCAUCGCUAUCAAAUAUUUACAAAGUGAUGGUAAUUCAAGUCAAUUACCUGCGAGUAUUUUGAAUGAACAAGCAAUGCUGAACUUAAUAAAUUCAAAAAAUGUCGAAAUCGAGAGAUUAAAUCAGCUUUUGGUGGAAAAUGAAGAAAACUUAAAGAUCGAACGUAAUAAAUGUCGUGAUAUGGAAGAAAUUAUCAAGGUUUUGAAUGAACAGAAUAUUGAAAGUGAUCAAAUACUUCGUGAUGCGCAAAAUGAAUAUCGUUUUCAAAUCGAUAAAUUGGAAAAAAAAAUUCAAUCUUUUGUGGAUCGAACUGAAGUUAAUAAUAUAUAA